GCCCGUGUGAAAGAUGGCGGCCGGUCUCUGGGUGGUCGGCGAUCGCGCUACCGAUUUCCUUCCCUUCGGACCGUAUCGGAUGAACGGGACAACCGGAGCCCUAACCGAGCCCCGCCAGCGACCCCUCUAAACGUCGGGGAAGCGGAACCAUGGCUGACGUGAUUGAGAUCACCUCGGAAGAUGAGUCAGACUCGGACAUUGAGAUUAUCGGAGAGACGGCAGCGCCGCUGGGCACCCGCUGUCAGAACUCCUACUCGGCCUGGGCUCGCUAUCAGCGGAUCAAACGGAUCCUGUUCUCUCACCGGGACAAUAUUGAUUUGACAAAUGACGACAAUGAAAUGCACAAUCAAGUGAAUACUGCUGGAGAAGGCACAGGAAGUAUGCAGGUCUGUCUAACUGACUGUUACCAGACAAAAACAAGCCCAUCUUCUCAUGUUUCCAACAACCUGAGUCAUGACGAACUUGAUUCAGAUGAAGAUCUGCCCAAGUUUAAUGGGGGAUGCCGGUUUCCUGGUUGGACAGCUAGCAAAGAUGAACCUGACCUUGAAGCUCCACCUGUUUUGACAGUUGAAGUCUCAACUGAGGCCGGUUCGCUUGUAAAUGUUUCCACCAAAUGUAUCAAUGAAGACCCAUUGCCUGAACUGGACUUCAUCGGUUUUGAUGAAAGUCAAGAUUCUCCUGUCACGGCAGAAAAAGUGGACUUGCUCAGUACAUCAAGUCAAAAAGCUCACGAUUCUGUCAGCAAUGGAGAGUCUUCUAGUAACACCAGUAUAAAUAGUGACUUGGAAUCUCUGGAAACAUUUUCACCAGAAGCACUCAUUCCAUUUUCCUCACCAGAUAGUGUUGUGGAUCCUUUGGGAGAUCAUCAUCAAAGCACCUUUGAGGAAACAAUUAAUGAUAUAAUUAAACCUGAUUUAAGUCCAGAUAUUGAAGAUAUACCAUCAUUGAUACCUCAGAAGACUAAGGAACUGGAACAUGGUUGUGAUCAAUCUCCCCCCAGCAUAAACACGCCAUUGCUAGAUCCUUGGGGGCAGCUGCAGAGUCACAAUAAAAGAGGUGAAAGUGAAUUAAAUUGUUCUCCAAUUAAAAACAAUGUGCAGAAUCCUAAACCAGCGUUAGAUCAAUCUGAAGUUCAGGAUCUGCCUUUAGAGGAAACUGAGGACCAUGUGUUUAUAUCAAAUAAAGCAAAGGAAGAAAGUUGUAAUUGUUCAGUGGAUAAAGAGACAUUAAAAAGUUUUCAAUGCCUCAUUGGAGCACCAGUUCAACAUCUGUUUGUUAAACAACCUAGAAAUGAAAAAUUGCACAAGCAGGUGAACCAAAACUCUCAUUCAUCAACAACGCACCAAAACAAGUCCAAGGAACCAGAGCUGAUCUCCCAAAGACAGUGCAGUAUGAUAAACAGUACCAUUGAUGAAAACUUUCCCCAAGGGACUCUUCAGUUUCUGAUGGAUUUUGUAUCUCCUCAACACUACCCACCUCAUAAAAUUGUGGAGUAUAUAAUCAAGAAGAUACUGUUGGGCAAUGAGUCCUCCAGCACCAUUAUGUCUGCUUACAUGACCCUGAUGAAGAUCCAACAGCUGCAUCCUGCAAAUGUUUCCACCGUGCAGUGGGACUGGAACCUCUUAGCUUAUCAUGUGGAGGACAAGGAUCCUCACAGGAAGCAUUCUGUGACCAAGAACGAUCGACUGUUGUUCCUGCAAUAUGUUGUUCAAACACUUGAAGAUGACUUUCAGUUGAAACGUGAUAUGCCACAUAAAACCAUAGCCAAAGCAUUUCUAUCUUGUGACGACAAGUUUUCCAAUGUAAGAAGUGUCAUCAAAUGGCUUAUUGACAUCAUCUCCAAGGAAUCUGAAGACGUACAGCAGAAAAAUGGGCCCACAUCAUCAUUUGAUAAUCCUCAGGUAGUGGACUCUAGGAUUUCAAGAGUUAUUUGUCUCCUUCAGAAGAUGCUGACCUUGGCUGUAGAAGUGGACCGGUCCCCAGUGUGCAGUUCAAAUAAAAUUGCAGAAGCAAUGUUUCAACACUUUCUAUAUAUUUCAAAAAGAUCACAGAGAUUAAAAGUAUUAAGAAGUAUGGAGAGUCAACUCCUGCGCUGCAAGUUACUCGAAUUUUUCUUCCACCAUUGCACUGAGAAACAAAACACAAUGCCCAUGUCAUUGGGAAAAGUGCUACAUUUCCUUAAACAUGCUAAAUUUCCUGUAGAUAAUUAUGAGCGUAGUUCAAGCAAAUGGCAAUAUUGGGAGGAACUUGUCAAACUUCUCUGUUUACUGCUUCUGAGCUACCAAGAGGUGACUAAAUACUCUCGUUUCAGGUAUAACCACAUCUAUUUCAGUAUUAUUGGUUUCCUACAUGGUUACUUGAGGUUCUCAAUCACAGACCGGCUAAAAUAUGUUCUAGCUGACACUCCCCCUGUGCUCACCACUCACGAUGAGAUCACUGUUGAAGAAGUUCAGUCGGAUGUGGAGACAUUCUACAAUCGAGCACUCAAUGAUUUGGGAACACCACUGAAUCCACAACUAGAAGAGCAGAUCAAUUUACUGAAAGCUCUGCUCCUUUGUGCAGCAACCAGAACAUAGCUGUUUUAAUUUAUUGUAAAUAGAUUAUUUUAUAUAUAAUGACUUCAGACGUACAUCCAAUGAAGACCUUUGUACAAAGCACAUGAUCUGAAACUUGAAGAGCAUUUCAAGCACUGUUCUCUGACGAAUGUGCAAAGUGUGGCAUUAGGAUUUCUGCCAUUAUUAGACAGCCAUGCAAAUCUAAUGGUAUGCAGCAAAAACCUUUACUGUGACUUUAUUAUUUGAUAUUGAAUUAUAUUUCUCACCCAAUACAGAAGAGCAUUUUCAGUGAAUGUAUUUUGUUUAGCUUUGGUGCUUUUCUGCUGAAUACAGAAAUUAAGACUUCAAAUGAAUUGUCAGCCAUCUUUGGGCUUCAGCAAAGUAUUUGAAAUAAGACUCUGGCCCUAUGGGUUGGGAGCCCAGCCGUUAUGGGCUAAAGUUUUAAUCCUUGGAAUAGAAUUUGGAUGGUGCCUUGUCUUCACAUGGUCUAUUCAGUCGGUGCACAUAAAUUAAGUUUAUCUAAGUUCCAAAGAGUGGCAGUCCACACCACCGGCACCUUCUGUCGCUUUGGAAUCUAGGGUUUCUGACUGUAAUAUUAAUCACUUUCUGUAUAUUGGGGCUGUUUAUAAGUAUUUUAUUUAAAAUUUGAUGUAACCAAAUCUCUCAAUAAUGGGAGUGAUUGACCCAGAUUUUUAUGCUUUCAGAAUGUUCCUUCUAUCUUAUGAAUUUAAAGAUGAUUUUAUUGGUUUUUUUUUGAAAUGAUACUUUAUGAAAUUGACUUUCAUGAUGUAUCAGCUGUACACGUUUACUGCAUUCACAUGUACAAUAGUGGAACUUUCUAUGCCACUUAUUAUCCAAUGGCAUUUUCUGUAGACAAGACGUUGAAUGGAAUAUCAUCUCACUGUAUCUCCUAUUUUGCUGUUUCAUCUUUUCAUACUGAAUGAAGCUUCAUGGUGUUGCUUCUAAUAUUUGUAUUAGGAUACUGCAAUAAGCCUGCAGUAUAGGGAUGGCUAAUUGGCUCCAACCUUCCAUUGUCCAACAAGCAGAAGGUGACAAACAAUGAUGGUUCUCCUGCAAGAUAAAAAUGCACUGUUAAUUUUUCAAAUUAAGUGAAUCUUGAAUAAUAUAUUUUUCAUACUUGUUUGUGUAAUUUCAUGCUGAUAUUUCCUAAUGCAUGUAUCAGUUAGGCUAUAUAUUUUCAUUAACAUGCAGUAAUGUUGGACACUUUCACAAGAUAUUGACAUUUUGGUGUUCAUAAUCCAUUGAUUUGAUACAAAAUAAGCCUGACACCAUAGUAACUCAUAUAAUGGAAUGUCUGCAUGGCAGUUGUACGAAGUAAAUUACAUAGCUGGAUGGUAUUGGAGGAGGAGGAUGGAGAGUGCACUUAUAUGCAAAUUUGGCCACAUCUGUUGCGUGGGUAUUUGCUGCUCAUUUCUGCCUACUGAUGCUUACCCUAGGUUUAAUAAAGCACAAAAAUUAAAUACA